AACUAUAACGUCGUUCUCAUCGUCGACAUAUCAGACAGAUGAGCGUGUCUUAACCGCGUGCCUCACCUAAAAUUCAAAACAUCUAUCGUUCUAGUCUGCAUUUGAUCACCAACAUUAUUAGAAAAAAAAAAACCAACAUAUAUCUCUUAUUCAACUGUGCCAAAUAAUUUUAUAAAUAAAUUUUAUUAUAUUAUUAUUCAUUGUAAAUAUUUUUAUAAUUUAUUUAUUUUUAAAUAAUAUAUCAUCAAGUGUCAGUGAUAAAUAUAUUUUUAUAUAUAAAAAAAAUUUAACUAAGUGUUAAUUAAAAUUUGUUCUUUUUCUUCUUUUUUUUGUAUGAAAAAAAUUAAUUAAUUUAUAAUUGUGGUAAUUAAUUGAAUUGAUAUUAUGAAAAAUUAAUGUUUUUAAAAAAUAUUUUCCAAUUACGUAACUUGAAUGAGAUAAAAAGAAAAAAUUAAAUAAAUAAAUCUUUGAGGAUUUUGAUAAUUUUAUGGAAUGAACUUUGAACAGUUGUUUUUUUUUUUUUUUAAAUUUUUUAUUGUUUAAAUAAAUUCUUGACUGUUGGAAUGUUGAAAAAAUAAUAUAGUGUGUAGAUAUUAUUUUUUGAUUAGCAAAUUUUUAUAUAGUUGAAUUUUUUUUUUUUUUUUCUUAUUCAUUUUUAAUUUGAUAAAUUAUUUUGCAAUUUAAAAUUUUAAAAUUAAAGUUAUGGAUGUAUAAAAUUAUAGUACAACUUGUCUAUGAUUUCUCAAGUGAAAUAUAAAAUAAAUGUCAAUUAUUUGUCGACAGUGAAAAUCUUAACUUUUAUUUUCUUUAAGGAUUUUUUUAAUUAACCUUCACACUGAACCGGUCUGUCAUUGACCAUCAAACACUUUUCAAUCGCGUGUGGUUUUUUAUUUCAUUUAAAAAAUUUUUCUAUUUCCAUAAAAAGGCAUAGUAAAAAAAAAAAAAAAAAAAUACAUAUUACAACUUUAUAUGUAUACAAAUUGUUCUUCAUAUACAGAAUGUACUUGUGAUUUAUUUUCCUUAAUUUUCUUGCUUCUAAAAUAUAUAGUUUUUUAUUUAUUUAUUUUUUUUUCUUUUCGUAAUUUUUUUCUCUCUGAAGGUCAUGAUUGUAUAGGUCGUGAGUCUCGUGCAUGACAUAACCAUUAAUAUAAAAUAAUAAUUUUUUGAUUGUAUAAAAAGUAUAAUAAUAAAAAAAAAAAAAAAAAACUAAACAAGUGGCUUCAGUGACCUAAUGAGGAUCGUGAAUCAAAGACGUCAAUAUCAACCGGUCGACUAUUCAAGUCGACCGAAAUAUAUUUUUUUCAUUCAUUCCGGAAUUUAUAAUACAAGAAAAGCACUCAGAAAAAGAAGAAUUCAAAUUGAUUAAUGCAAUAUUAAUUUAAAUAAUUAAUAAUAAAAUAAGCGAAAGAUUUAAGACGAGUGGAAUUUUUUUUUUUUUUUACAAUUGAAAUAUCUAUUUGUAUGUGACUUUUUUUAUUUUUCUUUUGUUUGAAAUAAUAUUAUAAUAUUACUUUGGGAUUUGUGUAUAAAAUUUGUUUAGCGAUAUUUUUUAAUCCUCAUUCUUUCAACUCGUAAAGAUAGUGACGGUGUGUUUACGGUAAUUGCGCAAUAUAAUUUAAUAAACCAAUGUGCAGUGAGUGAACAAUGUGCGGUGAUCAUUUUUUAUCGAAAUUUUUGUGUUAAAAUUAUUUAAAAAUAACCAAGUGAUGAUAUAUAAAUAGUUGUUUGAUGAAAUAAUUAAAUUAUAUAUAGUAUUUUUAUUGAUAAAUAAUUUAAACAAUUGUUUAGAAAAAACAAAGAAGAAAUUUUUUUAAAAAUGAGUCUUGAAAGUUUUAUUAAUAUUACUGGAUUUAUAGAAUUAGAUUCAAAAUCAAAUUAUGACGUUGUUGAUGCAAUAUCGUCAGCAACUGACGAUAUACGAGAAGGACCUCCAUCACAUCAAAACAACACAGAUUCUUCGAAAUCAUUGUUUCAUCUUGAUCCACCUGUGGAAACUGUAUACAUGAUAUGCGUUGUCGUUGUUGCAAUGGCUCUUGUUGGAGUCGUUAUUGUUCUUCUUGCUGUUACAAUAAGUAAAUUGCGUAAACGAGAAGAUCAUGGUAAUGAUGAUGUUAAUGUUGAACAACCAUCAGUUGUACAUUCAACUAAAAAUGAUUGUAAACUACCACCAACACCACCAGUAUCACCAACAACACCAUCAAUGCUGCCACUAACAACAACAACAACAACGACAACUGUAACACAACAAACAAUUAAUGAUAUACGUAACAAUGGUAUUGUUAAUGCUGGUGCAACAAUUAAUACAACUGAAUUUACCAAUGGUAAUAUUGACGAAACAAAUCAUUUUGUUAAUGACAAUGCUGAUCAAUUUGUAUGGCAAUUUCCACCACCAUAUCCACCAAGCACACCACCACCUCAGUACACAUUGUACAACGACCAGGAUACACUUGUACAUGGCCUUCAAACAGAUCGUCAAGGAUUUGCUAAAGGAAUGAAAAAAACCAUUGGUGGACGUUGGCGUCGUUUAACAAAAAAAAAAGAAUCAGAUACAUGUGGCAUUCCACCAGAACUCAAGGGUCAGCUUAAAACAAUAUAUGUUUAUUGACCUUCAUGGCUGAAUUAAUUGAGUAUCUGGUUUCAUAAAAACAAUGAAAAUUACAGAAAAUAAAAUAAUAAUAAUCAUCAUUAUCAUCAUCAACGACAACGAAGAACCUUCCACUCAAUGCUUUCCUGUACAGUAAGAUAGUUAAUUGAUGAACAAAUGAACAAUAGCAGAAGAAACGUAUGAUCCUUUGAAUGAAUGAAAUAAAACAGAAAGAAAAAUUAAUUUAAUAAAUUUAAAAUCAGAACAAAGACAGCUUAUAAAUUGUAUAUUGAGAGACUAAAAAAAUAUUUGAAAAUAUGAUGAAUGAGUGUCUGCAAAAGUUCAUUGAUCUCGUAAAAAAUUAAUAAUAUUAUUUAAUUAUUUUUUAAUAACAACAAAAAAUAUAUUUGACUGGUUUUUUUUUUUUAAAAAAAAACAACAUAUCAAUGAAUUUGGCUGGUUAAAAGGGUCAACAUCAACAUGACUCUUCGGCAUUGGAUUUUAAAUCCUUGAAAUAGAAAAAAUAAAAAUUAUAGUGCCUUUAAUGAGCCGCAGAAUUAAUUAUUAUUUUUAUUUUAUAAUAAAAUUUCUUUACAUAAAAAAAAUUUGCAUAAUCAAAAUUAUUAUAAUUUUCUUUUUUUUUUAAAUUAAAUUAAAUAAAUAUUUUGAAAUAGAUAAAACUGUGUGACACUUGUUACAAUUUUCAUGAUUUUUUUUUUUUUUUCUUUCUGUUAUUUAUUAUUAUUAUUAUUAAUUUAAUUUGUUUUAAUGAAAGGAAGAUUUGUAGAUGAGGGAAAAACUCCAUGAGACUGAAAAUGUAAAGAGUACGAAAAAACAAGUUACAUCUUGUGUACAUUUUUACAAUUUAGUAAUUAAUAUGAGAAAAUAAAUUGAAAAUUGUAAAAAAAAAAAAAAGUAAAAAAAAAAAAAAAAAACUUCAAUAAUUUUUAGUAAUUAUUGAAAUAAAUUAAAAAAAAAAAAUUGUAUGAAUCACUAGUAUUACUUAGUAUGCUUGUGUGUGAUUACGGAUGUGUGGGACUGUCAGCCAUUAAUUUUAAUAUAAAAAAAAAAAAAUUGUUAAUUUAAUCUGGCUGAAUUGUUGACUUUUUCUUUUUUUUAAAAAAAUGUAAUAAUCGCUGUUUUCAUCGUCGAAUUUAUCUCAG